AUGCCCAACUUUAAUCUGUCUUCAAAGCUGAACAACAUAGGCUCCUUUUAUCGGAAUCGCAAAAAACCUCGUUCACAGAGCAUCAACAUCAAUCCCUGCGCCAAUGUGGUCGACGCAGACUCUCCGAGCAUCGACGGGGCAAUGUUCUUCCUUAGCUCUUCAAAUGGUCUUUGUGGGAAUCUGUCAUUCGGCAAGAAAAGUAUUCUCUUUGAAUUCGGAAGGGACUUGGGCGAAUCUCACUCUGCGAACUCCUCCAUACCGUUGGAUCCGACCGAACCAAAGUGCCCCAUCAAAGAGGAACCAGUCAGAAACAGCUACGCCAUUGACUUUCUCAACAUUGGCGACAUUUACGCGGAGCAGUCUACCGAUCACCUCUCCAUCACCAUCUUCUGUCAAAACUUUAAGCACGUCAAGAUUUCACUGAAGCAAUCGGAAAUUGCCUCUGCAAUCAUUGACAAAAUCAAAACCAUCAGCUUCGACAACAUGGUGCAGUCCAAUGUUGAAAGUCGCAUCUGCCUGUGGGAGUACCUCUACCAGAACUACCCGUACCGGCAGAACAGCGACUGGGUAGAGCAGGAGAAGUGGUACAUUUCCAACUUUAAAAUUCGCCUCACCAACUUCAAUGAAAUUGGCACCUGCAACAGUCUGCCCGACACGAUCAUCGUCCCGCGCGACCUGCAGGACCACAUGCUCGACCGGCUGGCCUCCCUCAGCGUCGGCAAUCGCGUGCCGCUGAUCACCUUCCUCUACCGGAAGAGCAGCCACAUGAUUGUCCGCUGCUCCUCCUUCCGGGAGCAGAACCUGCAGGACCUGGUGCCGAGGAGUACGAUCACGCCGCUGCGGGAGCUCUCCAUCGACGCCAUCUUUGCCGAGCUGAACGACAUUGAGAAGCAGUACAGUAGGCUGCGGAAGCACUGCUUCGCCGUCACCAAACAGAGCGACCACCUGUCGACGGCGAACCAGGAGAACGAACACGAGAGCAAGUUCUGGUCAAAGUGCAGCCACUGGCUGUACGCCCUCUCCAAGGUGCUCCGCUUCGUCACCACCCUGGUGAACAUUGUGAAGCACGAGGCGACGGCGGCGCUCACAGAGUCCAACGACAACCGCUGGAACUGCGUCCUCUCCAGUCUAGUCCAGAUCGUCCUUGACCCCCACCGGCGGACAGUGGCCGGCUUCGAGUCGCUGCUCAGCAAGGAGUGGAUCUACCUCUCGGGCUACAAAAGUCGCAGCCCCGGCUCCAACCGGGUCCGCCAGGUGAACCACCUGCCGAACAGCACCUUCUUCAUUCUCUUCCUCGACUGCGUCCACCAGCUGAUUGCGCAGAAUCCGCGCUCCUUUGAGUUCACCACCAUCUACCUGAUCUCCCUUGUGGACAUGCAGUUCACCACGGAUAGCUUCAAACGGGAGGCGGCCAAACGCUUUGAGGUGAACAAGGCGCACAGCCUCAUUUGCAAUCCACUGUACACCGGAUCACGGGGCAGCACCACCGCCGAUUCUGACGAGCCGCAGAUCAACGCCCACAUCACCCAGAUUCGCUUCUUCUACCUGCUCUUCUUUCGGCACAUCAAAUCGGACACCCUCAAGUUCCUGCCCGCGGAGAGUGUUCUGUGGAAUGAGGCCCUCAGACGGUCACUGGUUUAA